GAACAGACUGUCCUUCUGAUUUAUGUUAGGCACUAUUUGUUCAUUAAGAAUAAAUCAUUCUAUUAAACUUAUCACAGUAUACAUUUAAAUUAGUAUGAGGUAACAUAUCCACUUAGACGUAUUAUUCAUUUGUGUUUUUUAUUUGUGAGAUGAAUACGUCAACAAAACAAUACAUUAUUGGAAUAGCAGGAGCAUCGAAUUCUGGCAAGACAACAAUCACUGGUAAACUUGCAACAUAUCUUCAAUCAAUUGGAUAUACUGUGACAUGUUUACAAAUGGAUGAUUAUUAUUGGCCUUAUCAUGAUAAACGACAUGUACGAGAUCCUAUGACAAAUCAACCAAAUUUUGACUGUGAAUCAGCAAUCAACUGGGAAGGCAUUAUUUCUUUUAUUAAAUUAUGGUGUGAACCACAAGUAUCAGAAAAAAAAAACAGAAUACUUUUAAUUGAAGGAAUAUUAAUCAUGAAUAAAAUGGAACUUCGGAAAAUAAUGAAUUUGCGGAUAUUUCUGAAGAUAACUUAUGAAGAUUUGCUGCAGAGACGAAAGUUAAGAAAAUAUCGUACACCAUCUCCACCCGAUUAUAUUGAUAAAUAUGUUUGGCCAGCAUAUGUAAGAACACUAGACAUGUUGAAGUAUUCAAAAGACUCUAUAUAUUAUUUCGAUAGUAAAAAUGGAACUGAAACUCUAUUCCGAGAAAUUUGUCAAUGUGUCAAUGAGAAAAUAGGUUUUACAAACGAAUGAGACAAACAUUUCAAUGAAUUGCCGAAAUAAACUUUUUUUUUUAACAUAAAUUGAUGAUACAAAAUUACUUAAUUGUA